AUGUCCGUGAUGCCCGCAGCGCAGACCACCAGCACGACCGCCUCCUCCGCGGCCGAAUCGGCCCCUGCACCGGGCGACGCCGGUCCCGUUUACCCCGCUCUACCGGCUACCGCUCCCAGCUCCUCAGGCCCGCCGGCCCCUGCUGUGACCGCCAAAAACGACCGCUCCGGAGACCCCGCCGGUGGACCGGAACCCCGAGCUGGAGCUGCCCCGCUCCCACCGUCAAGCUACUCAGCCCCCCCCCCCGCUCUGCUCCCUCGUGUCCUCCCGAUGAGUAGCCGCUACAUGAUCACCCUGAUCUUUCCCGAGCCAGGAGCCAAUGCCAUCGGCGCCACCCUUAUCUCCAAGAUCCGCGCCAAGCUGAGUCCCUCUCUCUUCGAUUGCGACUUCGUCCCUGACGCCCGCCCUACCAAUGGAGAGACCCUGCGCUUUGCCGAGUGGUCCUACGCUUCGAUCUGUUUCUCCUGGCCAACCAGGCAGUCUGUCGACGAGUUCCUCCCCAUCUUCAAGCACCCCAUCGAGCUCUCCCCUGGCCGAUUCAUCAACGUCAAACCGUAUGUCGACCCUCAGCCUGACUUCACGAAGGCCGAGGCGAAUGGCGCUUCCGACCUCUCCCUGCGCAAGGUCCCGGCCCGCAUUGAGGAGUUAGACCUAUUCGCGUACCUAGUUCCCGGCUGGAUGGCGGGUAUGAACUCCUUCCACCGCAUGCAAGAUCCCUAUGACGGGGUCUUCCUCCCCAUCCUCACAGGCAUCCCCACCCCGCUACCGAAUGACCCGGACUUCCUCAUCGUUCCGGCUCUGAUCCCCACUGGCGGCAAUGAUCCGGACAUUUUCGUGAACGGCUCGGUAUACCUCCUCCCCCAAGCUUAUCACCAAUAUCUUUGGGGCACCCCGUCUCCCCUUUUCACCCCUCUUCCGCCCCGGUCGACCCCGCAACAAAACCCCCUACGACCUAGGCCGUGGAUACGCAUGAUCUCUCGUGCGGUGGCCUCCACAGCAUGGCCAUGUUAA